GCCUAAUGCUACCAACCAAGGCAAACGGGAAAUCUAAUAAUCCGACCAACUUUACGCUGUUUGUGUGUACACAUUUUACAGAACACUACUAUAUUAUUAUUAUUAUACCAGUUCUGCAGCCGUCUGUUGAAUAUCGUUGACCGGCUUUUAUCUAAUCUCGUGUCAUUUGGUCGCGUUGUGUUGGCUGUGCCCGAACGCAAGCUCAUCGUUUUUGCGUGCAUUGUGCUAUACAACAAACGAAUCAUUUUAAAACGCUAGCUGCGCGGUCCGUAAUUCGUAAAAUGUUACUAAAACCCAAACGACAGUGAACCAUCAUCAUUCAAUACGGUUAAUCGUUUUUGUUUUAUUUUCAACCCGCGGACAAUGCAAUUUGCUGUGAGUUCGUUGCAGUGGUUGUUUAUAUUAUAUUCGAUUGUCGUCGACGCUAACGCUAAAUGUAAGUUCGAUUUGUAGUUUUUUAGCAAUACAUUUCAUAUAUUAUGCGAAUCCGACAUCUAGUUUUUCUUUUUUUCCAUACUACAACGCAAAACAAUUGAAUAAUAUUAUCGAUGAAAUCAUAUUGUUCCAGUCAAACUAUGCGUAGUGAAAAAUAACGGUAUCAGUGAAAAAACUAAAGAUUAUUGCCCGCCUUUAAACAAGGAAAAAUCCAGUCAAGUGGAAUGCGAGUUUGCAAACGAUAGGUAAGUGCCCAACACUUUGAUAAUUCAUUUCAAGCCAGACAAAAAUAACUAUUUUAAAAUCAUAAUCGUUUCCCGAAUAUAAUGUUUACUGAUAGUAAUACCUAUAUUAACUGUAUUAAAAUUAACGAUUUAUUAAUCUAAAGGCGCGAUGUGUUAAAUCGACCUGCGUGAUUUGCGUCGUAACUGCGUCGUUUUAUUUUAUUAGCAUUUUAAAAAUCGCAUUUUAAUUUUAAAUUUAAUAAUAAUUGCGAUUUGCUGUUGAACGAAUUCUUAACCAAUCUUAUAUUUCGCAUACGGUUUUAAAUAAUACAAUAAUAUAUAUGUGUGUGUAAAUAUUUUUUCUCCAACGGUCGUACCUGCGUGUACCUAUUAUGGAUAUUUUCAUGUAAUAAUAUACGAUAAGGCAGGUAUACUGAAGUAUAAUAACAAAACCAGCCUUAACGAUUGCCGAACAAAUAUCGGGUGCCGGUCAAAAUAUCUCGAACGAAAAUCUCUGAUUUUGUCAAACCCGAAAAAAUAUCUCGUGUACUUAUUGUUAUUAAUAUCCGAAACAACAUGCGUCCCACAACUGGAGUGAUGUGGUUGGUACAGCAACUCCUGCACCUCCCCUUCCCUCAAAAAAAAAAUAAUAAUAAUAAUAAUAAAAGAUCUGUAUAGCCUAGGAAGCAGACCCAAAACACUUGUCUUUUACUUUUUCGAUAAAUACAAAACACUGUUACUAAAAACUGCAACUCAUAAAAUAUCAUCAAGUAUGAAACACGCGUCGCAUUAUCACCGUUUGUUGUCCGUUUAUUAUUAACGUUAAAUCACCGGCAUCAACUGUCUCCGUCUUACAAACGCGGGACAUAGCAAAUCUGUGUGUGUAGUAGGACACAUUUUGUAACGUUCGUUUUAAUAUUAAAGCAAAUCGGCUUGUUAUCAAACGUAAAGAGCCAAGCAGAUUACACGUGCCCCGGCAUUGGCGUUUUUUCGAUUUUUGAAUUUUUAAGCAAGAUAUGAUAAUUUUUAAAUUUUGGUAUUUUACAUACCCAUAGCUCGUUUAAAAAUAAAAAUAUCGAAAAAACAUUGGACAAACCAGGGCACGUAUAAUCUUCUUGCCUCUUUAAGUUUGGUAUUAAGCCGAUUUGCUUUAAUAUUAAAACGAACGUCACAACAUGCGUCCUACGUUGUCGCACUUUUGUAGGACGGAGUCAACAAAUGCGUGGAUAGCGUCCUUUUAAUACAAUAAAUCGCGCGAUAUAGCCUUACACCAGUACCUAGUUGUGGUUUUUUUCUUGAUAUUUUUAAACAUACGCACCAUCUCGAAAAAAAAUGCCUCUAGUUAUUCCAAUGAUCCAGAACCGCGCGCCCGCGAAAAAAAUAAUUGGCGUUUCUCGGUGUGAACCGGUACGCGGUGUAUACAACACUGCUGUAGGGCCUCUCAGAGAUACGCGUCUACGGUAUCCCAGGUAUCUACGGUUUUUACGCGCCUUGCGAUUCGUCAUCGUGACGAUACAAUUAAAUUAUAAAAUAUUAUCUUCGACUCGGAACGGUUCGUUAAAAAACAAAAAGUUAUCACGUUGGAAUAAUAAAUUAACAUUUUCGCGCGUAGAAUAGGUCGAAACGUAUAAUAUUAUAUCCCCCCCUCCCCCGUACGUAAUUAGCGUAUUAAUAAUGAUAAUCCAUUGUGCAUAAAACGAUAGAUUUCGUUACGCGAUAUUAUAAGUGUAAAACCGGACUCGAACUGCAGUGGCCGGCCGAGGUUGAAGCCCAUGACCAUGAGUCGAUUUUCAAUAAUACGUAGUUAUCAUUGUCGAAUUAAUCGCGUGUUGCACAUAAUAUUAAGUUUCAAUAUAAUAUUGUGUAUUAUAUAAUAUUAUAUAUAUUAGGUAUACCUACUACGAUGUGUACAGAGUGAUUCUUUUAACUCGAAUCGGUCGAUAAAUAUAAUAUACAUUGGGGAAUAUUAAGCCGGUGGUCUGCAAUAGUAAAAACUAAAAAACUGCCCCUAGGAUAAUGGGGACGGGUUUAGCCACUGUAGGGGGGGGGGAGGUUCAAGUUGGAAAAGUAGGAUUCAGAUGGCAAUUUAAUGUAUAUCUAUAUGCAACGAUUAGCCAUUGCUAACGAAAAAACCAUUCUGAGCGCAGUUCAGUUGUUGGCGCGUUGCUUUGUCAACAAAUAUUUAUGUCAUAUUAUGAUAAAAUAAUUACGUAUGCAUUAAACAUUUUCAUUAAUAAUGUUUGUUUAAUAUUGUACCUAUUUUCCCAUUUAUUUAUUGGAAAAACUCGUGGGAAAAUUAAAAAAUGACCUCCCUAAUGUACCUUACCAGGCAAAUUUCCUUUCAGAUAAAUUAUUACGCUUGUAAAUCGGAGCAAUAUUUCUGGUAGAAAAGUUGUUCACAGAUAAAAAACAAAAAAAUAAAACAUUGUAAAAACAUAAGCUUGUUCGCUCCACUCAGAAUCUAAAAAGGUGAUCUGCUCACGGGUAGGUCGUUGUUUUAAGUGGUUAGUUGGAUAGGUAGGAUAAACGGGGUUGUAUAAUUUGUAUACUACAUACACUGAAAAAUCGAUUCUGAUUUGUAUGUUUUUUCGCUUGUUGUCGAGGUAACUCGCGAAACAAGGAAUUCUCGGUUUUCCCGAUUAUUCGGAAAACUACAAAUAAAAUCAAAAAAUUACUUCUCCAAUGCACCAACUAUAUCCAAAAUUAUACAAGAAAGUUUCUGUGUUUUGAUUGGCGCAAAACUUUUGAUAGACAGGUUGUUAAUAAGCAGAAAAAAAAAUUUAAAAAAAAAAAACCCCCAGUAGUUAGCCAUAACCAAUACAUUUCUUAUAAUUAAGAUAAAAGUAUUAAAAAAAAUCGUUAGUUAAUAAUAAUAAAUGUUCGAUAUUGUUAUAAGGACGAACAAGACAAAAACUUUUAGAACCUACGAGAUUUAUGUAAAUAUUACAUUUUGUAGGUACGUUUAUUCGAAACAAAUAAGUAUAUUUAAAUUUAAAUUAUAGACGAUUACCGAUUCGUUUUUAAACCAUUGCUUUGAGACUUGUGUCAACAUUUGAUAAAUUCUGUACUACCCAGUUGCGAUAACUACGAAAUAUACUAAUACCAAGGGCGUAUUUAUGGGGGGGCUGAAUGAGCUGCAGCCCCCUCCCCAAAAAAAUAAAAAUAAAAUUAUAAGAAAAUCUAAAAAUUAUUUCCGUGGUUUAUGAAAGUCACUGCAAAAGUUAAAUUAAAUUGCAUUUUAUUGAUUUUAAAUUCGCAUGUUGUUAGCUUAUCUCAUAGACGAAACUUUACCACGUGAGAACGGAUGCUGGGAAUCAAAUAAAUACUAAUUUAUUAUAAACCUAUCAGUAAUCACACGCUUUUCUGAAAUUAAUUUUAUCAAUAAAUAUUAUUUCGUGUACAACUGGACAGUCUAGGUACCACAAUAAUAAUAAACAGUAAUGAUCAAUAACCUUUGUGUUGGUUUGCUGUUCAUACCGAAUUGAGUUCGCUUGCAAGAAAAUGUUUUUAAUUUUUUUUCAUUAUUAUUCAUUACAUGAUUCAUAUAUUAUUAUAAUUUUUAUUUUACUGAAUGGCAAUGUUUAUAAUUUUGGAUCAGCCCCCUUCCCCCCUGAAAUAAAAUCCUAGAUACACGCCUGAUUAACACUCUUAGUUUACCUACCUAUAUUAUAGUAUUAACUUAAUGUGUUGAUUUAUACCUACGAUUUGUAUACUAUUAUAACCUCCGACUCCCGUCACGAGUACCAACUACGUAAUUUCCCCUAUUGCAGAAUUAUUGAUUUAGAUACCUAUUUGAUAUAAUAGGUACUUGAUAUAAUAUUAUCCCAAUGAAAUCUUAUUGUUUUAUCCUAUGUGAGAUUUUCAGACGGCAAUAAUAUUCGGAUAUUUUAGAUAGUAUAUAGUAGGUAGGCACUACACAUAAAGAUUUUUUUUUCGACGUUUUUUUAACCAGAGUUUUUAUUGUUAUAGAUAUUUUGACCCGUCACCAAAUUAACAAUGCAAACGAUGCAAGGGCAAUCCUGUGAACUUGUUUGAAUGUAAUACCACUUAAAAAUAUCCAUAAACAAUACCUUGAUAAAUAAAUGUUUUGUAUAGACUGCAUUGUAUAAGAAAAAUUCUGAAUGGAAAGGCAGACUUUGGAGUGUUUCACGUGGAAGAAAUAUCGUAUGCGACUAAAUGGAAUGAGUAUUUAAGCAUUACAAAUGAAAUUCGUUUAUUUGAGAAAGGUACCUAAUUGACUUGUUUUAUAUCAUGUCAUUAUAAAUACAUCAUAGAUAAUAAAAUAAUAAUAUUAUUCAAAAUAAUUAUAAUUAUUUCAUAAUGAUUUACAGUAGGCAUUUAAACAAUAGGUGUAUAAUAGCAAUUUAAUGUCAAACAUUAAAUUAUAUAGGAUCCUGUGAAAUAUGUACACAUAUAUCUUUGUUCCCAAAGAAAAUGAUAAAAAUAAAAGAAAUUAACUAAAGUUCUUCCUUGAGACUUAAAAGUCUAAGGAAAUAUUAUUUUACAAUGCAUUAUUUGUUCAAAGUAUAUAAAAGUUGUAAACAAAUUUGAAAGGGAAUGGGAUAAAUGUAUUUUAAUUUUUACUGGAUAAAACUAUCGCUGUAAUUUUGACCUAUCAUACCGAAUUCUAAAAAGUGUUAUUUUUUUUUAAGUCUAGCCAUAAACACUAGCUAUAAAGUCAAAUCCAAAAUACAAAAAGUUCCCUAUUUAAUUUAUUUCUGUAACGAUUUUAUCAUUCACUAAAUUACAACUUUCAAUAAACCAAAAUUUAUAAGCAUUUCUGUUCUGCCAAACUGUUCUGUGCUCGGCCAAACAAUUGUAUCCACAUAAAGCCUAUUAAGAGCAACAAAGUAAUUUAAGUAAUUAGCUAUGUCAUUAUCAACAAUAAACGUAAUAAUAAAUAAUUAUCAAAAAAAAAGUUAAAUUUCAUAAAAUAAUCGAACAACAAUAACUUCACAUUAGUUACAGAUAAAAUUAAAGAGCUAGGUAGAAAUUAUAAGAUGGAUACAAUUUAACAGUUACUUUUGGGGAAAUUUUACCCCUCCUAGGUAAAAAUUACGUGGGAUUAAAAUUCGCCUGUUACGCCGGUAUUAAUCGAAACCGGAAAUUAAUUUUUAUAUUUUUGAAAACCAAAACCCAAGCCUAAACCAAUAAAAUCAUGAAGGUCCCUGGUUUACUAUCCAUUUCGGAAGUCAUAAUGUCCUUUUUGCACUUUAUUUCGACCUAAAAUACAUAUUUCAACUAGUGUCUAUUAUUUUCAUUAAACGGAAGUUAAUCUACAAUAAAUCGGAUUAGGUAUAUAACAAAAAACAACAGACAUAUCUCACACGAUGGAUGAUGGCCACUGUUGUAAGUGAGAAAUUAAGAAUGUAGGAUAUAUAAAGGGCAAUUUUAAUGUAUAUCUAUGCACAACUAUUAAUCAUUACAAACAAAAUACGAUUCUGAGCGGAGUUCGGUUAUACGUAUUUUUAAAAACUGUAAUAUUUACGAUUUUGAUCAAAAUUUUUAAUUUGAUUUUAAAAUUCUUAUACAAAAUUCUACAUUACACUCAAUUAUUUUUUUUUCUGAUCACGAAGUACGACUUAUAAUGAACCUACUGUUAAAUUUUUGUUUGGUCUAACAAUUUUAUCCACAGAGUACCUACCUACCUUAUUAAAAAUUACGUAAAAAAAUUCUCUAAAUUAAAAUGUCUAUAAAUAGCUCAAAAAUGACUAAAAUGUUUUGAAACUUUUAAUCUCAUCUAGAAAAUGCAAAUAUAAUUUUUCUGUCUAAAUUUCAAUUCUACAAAUAUUUUCAACUGAAUCGCAACAAAAAAUAUAAUUGAAAAUAACACAUUUUGUAAAUUGUCCGGUUUUCCUAAGUUUUUUCCUGGUUUUAUCCAAAUAUUAUGAAAACCUCUUGGAAAUAACUUUCUUAAAGUACCACCCAGACUUAAUUUACUUAAAGUAUGAUUAUACCACCCAGAUAAAAUUUCCUUUCAGAAAAACUACUACACUUGAUACAUCGGAAGAAGAUUUCCAGUAGAAAAGUUCUUGACAGAUAAAAAGAAAAAUAAUAAACAAACAUCGUGUUAAACCAAUACAUUCCUCUUUUCGCUCAGAAUCUAAAAGUAUAAAGUAUAUGUGAUAUGAAAUUACUUAAAUUUUCAUAAUACUUUCAAAAAUAUUAAAUUUGUGUACCUAUUAAUAAUUAUAUGCUACUCAAUAAUGAAAAAUAUAAAUCUGAGAACAAAAUAAAUAAGUAAUAUUAAUUUUGAAAAUUUACAGAAAAAUUUGAUUAUAGCAUGGUAGUUUUAGUCAAUGAAGAUGCUAACAUUAAGAACUUAAAUGAUUUAAAAGGCAAACGUUUAUGUCAUCCUGGAUUUUUUGAAGGAGAAACAGCAAGUGGAUGGUCUAACAUAAUAUCUCAAGUAAUCAUUUAUUUUAAAACUGGUGGUUAUUUAAAAAAAAAUAGUGGAAUUACAUUUGACAAAAUAAACAGAUAAUAUCCAUUCUUCGCUUCAUUUGAUUAUUUGUAUUAGUACUUUCUAGAGUCAUUGUGUAAUUUUCAAAUUAUUCUGAUAUAUAUUUAUAACUCUUUUAUCUAUUUUAAAUUUUUAUUUGAAAUUUACUUGUACAAUAUUUUGUAUAAAAAUAUGAUAUGUCGGUAGGUAUGUAAAAGAAAAACUAAUGAAUAUUUUUUAAAAGUGUAGUUUUAUUUGUCAUGCUUUACCUAAUUUUAUUUAUCAACCUUAUUUUUACAUUCAGAAUUAAUGUAGGUACCUCUGUUAAUUUAUUAUACAAUUUGUAACUAUAAGUCUAUAAUUAAAAUAUUUAUUACAGAAAUUAUAAAAGCAUAUUACCAAAUAUUAUUACGUGUAGUAUGUACCUAAUACUUAUAUUAUAUUGUUACAUACAAAUAUUAGGUUAUCUAUUUUUAAUCAAUUAGGUAUAAUAUAGAUUUUAGUACAGUACCUAAUACUAUACCAUACAAAUGAAAUAAUAUUGGUAACACACAUUCAUUUUCAAUUAUCUAUGUAUCUAAUUGUAUCUAAAUAAUACAAAUAUGAUUCUAGUACUUUGAACGAGUAGUUGUUCCACAAAAAUGCAAUCCACAAUUAAGCAUAAUAGAAAAUCAAUUAGAAUCUCUUUCAGAAUUCUUUGGAGAUUCAUGCAAACCAGGUCAAUGGGAUCCAGAUCCUGAUAUGGAUAAUAGACUUAGUAAUUAUAAAUAUUAGACAAUUAAAAAAAAUUAUGUAUUAAAUUUAAAAAGUGACUGUACAGAAGACAAAUAUCCAAAUCUAUGCACAAACUGUAAAAAUCCAUCAAAGUGCAAUGUUAAUGAUCAAUUUUGGGGAAGACAAGGAUCGCUACAAUGCUUAAGUGACUGUUUUGGAGAUAUAAGUUGGGCCAGACUCUCUGAUGUCAGAGCACACUUUAAAGUAAAUACAGUACACAAGUAUAGUAUCUAAAUAAAUUAUUAUUUAUUACUAGGUACCUUAUUUAAUUAUAAAUUAAAAAUUGCAUUUAUACAUGAUUUUAUAUUUAAGGGUGACAGUACAAAUGCUUGCAGUAAAAUAAGUUUCCUCUGUCCAAAUGGAACUUUACAACCACUGGAAACUUCUAAUCCGUGUACUUGGUUAUCUCGACCUUGGCCAGCUAUUAUAGCAAGAAAGUAAAUAUAUUUUAAAGAGCAAUUUAGUAUCUAUAUUCUAUACCAUUUUAUACAAUAUAAUUAUAAAACUGUUCCUAGUUCAACAGCAUUAAACAUUCAAGAUAUGAUAAACUAUGUAAAUACAGCUAAAGAAUUACAAAAUGCAUCUUCAUGGCAAUGGGCCUUAAACAAUUUACUUUUAUACUAUUCCGAACCAAUUUCAUCAAAUACUAUUAAAAGUCCAAAAGAUUAUCUAAUGGCAGCUCCAGGCUACAUAACAGCUGAAGAGAAAGGGCAGUUGUGUAAUGACCGUACAUUUUCUAUGUGUAUUGAAACUAUAAGAGCCUUACACAAAUGUCAAGUACUCUCAGAUAUAUCUAUAAUUUAUGGUAUACAGCCUAAAUUAAAGUGUGUUAUGACUCCAGAUUGUGGAAAAAAAUUAAAAAGCGGAGAAGUAGAUAUAAUGAUUUUGGAUACUGAUAAAAUUGCACAAUUUAGAAGGUAGGUGUACAUUUUAUAUAAAAAAUAACAAUAAAAUUUAAAUUAAUUAAAAAAUUAACUAAACUUCAGAAAUUAUGGUAUUUCAAAACCAAUACUUUAUGCAAUUUCCCUUUAUCAUCAUUUAUAUCGAAAAAUGAGCGCAGUAAUGUUAAAAAAAAAUGCUGUGAGUGAUAUUCAAGAGUUAAGAGGCAAAAUAGCUUGUUUUCCUAUAUUUGACGGUUACGGUAAAACAAAUCAUUUAAAUUUGGAAAUAAUCUUACAUUUCUUAAAUAAGUGUAUAAUUACUUUUGUUUUAGCUUGGAAUUCAUUUUUAUUAACACUAAAACUGCAAAACAUAGAUUUAUUUCCUAACAAUAAAACAAUAGAGAGAUUCUUUAAAAAAAGCUGUGCAAUAUUAAGUUCUGACCAAAGUUCAAUACCAGAAUGUGAUUUUGAUGGUGAAGUAUAAAAUUAAAUUGAACUAUCUUGAAUAUAUCAACAAAAUAAUUUUUACCUUCAGAUAUUUUACCCGAAGAUAGUAAUGAAAAUGGAAUGUGGAUUGAAACUCAAACUCUAAGAUGCAUAAUUGAAGGAGGCGGAGAUGUAGCUUUUAUCAAUACUCUUCAUUUAAAUCAGUAUUUAGGUAAGCAGGAAGUAAUUUUAUUGUAUAAAAAUCUAAUUUCAAUUUUUUCUAAUUGAAUUAUAUUUUGUGUAGAUAUUUUAAGAUCACCGUUAAAUUUACCAAGCAACUAUAAUUCCAAUAAUUUUACAACUAUAUGUAAUCAUAAAGUUCGCUCUCCAAUAGAUUGUCCAUUGUCUUGGUCUAAUUUUGGACAAGUAAGUAAUUUAAUUUCAGGUCUAUUGUAACUAUUAUGAUUAUAAAAUUAAAACUUACUAGGUAUUUAAUACAAUUUCACUAGGAAUUCUGCUUUAUAAUAAUGUGUAACUUACUUACUAACCUAACCUUACAUAGUAUAAUAGGUACCCAUUUUCCACUAAAAUUAAAUAAUCAGUUAAUUUUUGUAUUUAGAUAUUGGUUAAAAAAAAUAUAUCUUUAAAUACCAAAAGAGAAAUAAUUUCAUUAUUAAUGGAUAUGGAUUUAACUUUUGGACAAAGAAGAAAAACCACUUAUAUAACACCACCAGUAUUUUCUAUGUAUGGACCUUUUGAUGAUCUUUCUGAUCCUAUGUUUCCGGUAAAUUUGUUAACUAUAAGUACCAUAAUACUUAAUAUAUAAUUAAACAAAAAUAUGUUUUAACUAUAUCUAGGCAGAUGCACAAAAAUUGGAAACUAUUCAACAAUUUAGGGAACACCCAACACCACUAGCACCAGAAUAUGAAUCAUAUAUUAAUAUUUUAUAUGAUCCCAAACCUAAUGUUAGUUCUGGUGUCCCAAUAAUACCAUUAUCAUUAUUACAGUUAUUUAUAGUUUAUAGAGUUUUUUUUUAAAUAUUUUACAUAGAUACUCAUAAAUAAAUAAUGACAAAUAUUAUCUAUCAUUUAAAUUAAUUUAUAUAAUAAAAACCAUUUUUUAUAGUUAUUUAGUUUUUUGUGUUACCUAUCAAAUUGAAUAAGUAUACAAGUAUAAAAGGAGUUAUAUAAGUUUUGAGAUUUGUCUUAUGAUGAGUGUUAUACGCUUUUAAAAUAUUCAA